UGGUUUUCUUUUCUUGUUAGUUCAGUUGGGUUUACUUUUACAUAGCUGAUUGUGUUAUCCAUCGUAGAAAUUUGAGAAAAUGGGAUUUAUGUAAACGUUCAUUACAUUUUUCAGUUCUUAACGAUCUAGUAUAAUUCCAUGGUCAUAUAUUUACCAUUUAGAAUCAAUUACUUACGCCAUCUAAACCUUGUAGCUAGUGUUGAAAAUUCCAUUUUAGGGCUGUUCACUACCUGAGUGAAAUGUCUCGACAUGAAGGGGUCAGUUGUGAUUCAUGUCUAAAAGGCAACUUUAGAGGACGACGUUACAAGUGUCUGAUUUGCUAUGAUUACGAUCUGUGCGCAACAUGCUAUGAGGCAGGUGCCACUUCCACCCGCCACACGACAGAGCAUCCAAUGCAAUGCAUUCUCACUCGCUCAGACUUUGAUUUGUACUACGGCGGAGAGGCCCUGACAGUUGAGCAGCCUCAGUCGUUCACUUGUCCGUACUGUGGCAAAAUGGGAUUUACAGAAACAGCUUUGCAAGAGCAUGUCACUUCCGAUCACUCUGAGACUUCGUUUGAAGUGGUAUGCCCCGUGUGUGCUGCCUUGCCUGGGGGUGAACCCAACUUAGUGACUGAUGAUUUUGCUGGACAUCUUACAUUGGAACAUCGCAGUGGUCCGAGGGAUCUCAUAUCCUUCCUGGACGAGCCGUCAGGUUCUAGGCAUGGUGUAAGGAGGAUACCUCACCCUACCAGAGGCGUGGGUGGACCUAGGGCACGAAGAACAAACAUGCAUUUUAGUUCAUCUGGUGGGCUGUCAUCACUGUCGCCAUCGUCUCGUGAGAGUGUUGACCCGAUUGCAGAACUGUUGUCUCAGUUGUCCGGUGUACGACGGACAGCCGCGACAUCAGGCUCCACACCGUCUCAGUUGCAACAACUACAGAUGCAACUGCAGCUGGAGCGCACUCAGGUCAGGGCUGCAAGACAGCAGUUAGAAAGACUGCCGCGGCGUCAGGCGCAAACUGCCAGUGCGGGCGCAACAGCCUCAGCCCCUCCCCACACUAGCCUACCUCCAGACACAUCCUCUGGACAACACUCGUCAGCCACUAGCUCUUCCCAGCUCAUGCUUACAAGAUGUUUAGAGGCCAGUAUGACAGAUGUGGAGCGAGAGACAGUUGAACGGAGUCGGGCAGAUAGAAGUCUCUUUGUACAGGAACUGGUGCUGACAACACUGAGCGAUGUGGCUCGCUCUGAGCAGAAGAUGGUGUGUAAUACUGUGGCCCGAGACUACCCGAGGGGUACAGAGAGUGUGGUACCCAAGCGUCCUCAACCCCGUAGUCGUCCUCAGGCCCCUCCUCCCACCCUACGUCCCACCCCUCGCCAUCACCCCGGCACUGGCACCAUCAGGGAGGUUGUCACUGCACCUCCUCCACCCUCGUACGCCGGAACUGCACGGCGAAAACCUGUACGUCCUGUACAAGCCUCGGAGCCCCCACCCUCCCACUAACGUAUUUACCGUUCCUCUAUUCUAGUCCUCUACCCUCUACAAAUUGUACGGAGGAAUAUUUUCUGUAAUAUUGUAUUUAACUAACCGCUCUGUAUAGAAUCAAAUGGAUACGAUUGACUGUUUAUAUUGGUGAAACAAAUCGACCGAUUCGAUUUGAAUUAUAGUUUGAGUGUGUGUGUGUAUGGUGCGUGGUGCCAGUACAGUCGUGGAGUUGCCUUAGAAGAGAUGAAGCAGCCGUGCGAUCGGAGAUACAAUCCAACAGUUUUGUUUUGAUAUUGGUUCAACCUUACAAACUCUUAAAAUACAAUUGGCCUAUCACAAUGAUUUUUAAUUGUGCAAUCGUGAUAUAAUUUAUUUUCAAAUUGUUUUUACAAAUAAAAUAUAUAAAUAAGUUUUAGAUUGCUUUACCGUUUUCUCUUGUUGGUAUAUUAUGAUGUUGAUUUGUUUAUUAUACGGCCGUAAAGUUGUAGGUAGCUGAUUAUUAAACAACUGCUAAAUUACUGGAAUUACUUUAUAAAUAUAUUU